GUUGAGGUCUGCCACCAUCCAAGAUUUCGUUGCUGCUUGUCGGGAUGACUUUGGGGUUUGGUUGUGCAGGCGGCUGUCGCGCGGGCAGCGGGUUCAUUGCAAUUCUAAGCAGCUGCUUCCUCCUCUGUGCCCCCUUUUCUGCAUCUGUGGCUAGGUUAAGAGGCCGUUGUGUGGUGGAGUUGGUGUUGCUGAGCGGUGUGGGUGCUGAGGCAGUGGGCAGUACGCUGGGAGUAGUGAAGAGGUUUGUGGUGGCAGCUCCUUGUACUGAGAACAAGGGGCAUGUGCUUGACGUGCUCGGGGCAAUAGUUGUGCACGAGCUGCGCCAUCGUUCGGGAGAGGAGAAGGGAUUGGAUUACCGGUUCAGUCUCCGGGUUAAGGAAUCAACGGUGCGUCAUUAUCGUGUGAUGGCGGAUGGCGAACUAGCUUUAGAGUUGUGCGUGGGAUUUGGGUAUGAUAGGGAGGAAUUCCUAUGUGAGGUUACUGUAUUUGUGAAGAAGAUGCACAAGGAUGUGCCUGAUUCUGUUUCAGGUAUUGGUGUUGAUGUGGUUGCGGAGAUGGUGGAACUAGUGACCAGCGAUUUGUUGCAGGAGCACGACGGGCGUCAAGUGGAUUUCGUGGAGUGGGAGGCAAUAAUGGAGCCUCCAUUGCAAGAGCGCAAGGGUAUGCGGGGUGUACUACGCAUCGGAGACGUUUAUCAGUGGUGAUUCUCUAGGGCACGGCAGCGUUUUGUUGGGUAGUCAUUUCAGGUGGUCCCAAAGCUUUAGGGGGAUUGAAGGUAUAGUUCCACGUAGUUGUGCGAAAGGGGGUUGUAAGCUGGUAUGGGCGUUUGAUGGCGUCUAAGCAGGAUGUUCGUAUGUGAGAACAUUUAGCUACUGGUGAUAAAGCUCGGGCGAAAGA